GUUUCACAAUUCAGCGGUUUCUUCCGUUCUUUAUUUCUUCUUACUUGGGAUUUUCCGACGUUGUUCAAACUCUCCCUGUUUUAGUUUUGCUCUGUGAUUAAACGGCUGCUGUCUGUGGUUUUUGUCUCGGGUCUGUGUAUAUAUACGGUGUUUAUUAAUGUUUAUUAGACCCGGUGUCGGUGUUUUAUUAUUGUAUCGCGCGUCGGUCUCUUUAUUCUCGCUCCUCUGGCCGAAUGAACGCGCCUCCUGAUUGGCCGCCGCUGAAGCACCUGCUGUCGCUGAUUGGCUGGACGCGCUAAUCAGGGAGUUGAAAUUCUGCGUCUGAUUGGACUAGAAUCAGCACCAGGUGUGUUCGACCUGAAGCGGCGCAGAUCGAUCGGUGUUUCACAUCGAAGUAUCGAACACUGUUGACUGAUGAGAUCCAGAGAUGGUCCUGCUGCAGGUCAUGAACUCGCGCAGGUCUGAAUGCGGUUUUGUCGUGGAAACGCUGACCGGAAGUGCAGCCGUCUGCAGUCAGGAUCAGUUCAGGUGUGCGAGCGGGAAGUGCAUCACCAGCCGCUGGGUUUGUGACGAGACGGACGACUGCGGCGACGGGAGCGACGAGCUGCCACAGUCCUGCGGCCAGAAGACGUGUUUGUUGGGUCAGUUCAGCUGCGGCGGGCGUCUCAAUCAGUGCGUGUCCACCAGGUGGCGCUGCGACGGGAAGACUGACUGCGAGAAUGGCGCAGACGAGCAGGGCUGCGUCCUGAAGAACUGCACGGACGAGGAGUUCCGCUGCCGCAGCGGUCAGUGCGUGUCGCUGGCGUUCGUGUGCGACUCUGAAUCUGACUGUGAAGACGGCAGCGACGAGGGGUCCUGUCCUGUGCCCACCUGCAGCCCCGGAUCCUUCCAGUGCAAUAACUCUGUGUGUGUGCCGCGGCUCUGGGCCUGCGACGGUGACGCCGACUGCGCAGACGGCUCUGACGAGUGGCCACAGAACUGCCCAGGCGUCACGGGUCAGAAGCCGCAGACGGUCUGCCGCGAUCACGAGUUCCUGUGCGCCAGCGGCGAGUGUGUCCACGGCAGCUGGAGGUGCGACGGAACCGGCGACUGCGCAGACGGCUCAGACGAGCACAACUGCACCGCGCCCACCUGCCGGCCGGAUGAGUUCCUGUGUAACGACGGCAGCUGUGUCCCGGGAAUGCGUCAGUGUGACGGGAAUCCUGACUGCCGGGAUCACAGCGAUGAGACGGACUGCGUCACCGUGAAGGCGUGUGCCGGGCCGGGCAGGUUUCAGUGUCGCAGCGGCGAGUGCAUCAGUGCAGACCGCGUGUGUGACGGUCAGAGAGACUGCUCCGACUGGUCAGAUGAGCCUCUCAAAGACUGCAACACUAACGAGUGCCUCACGAACAACGGCGGCUGUUCCCACACGUGCAGCGACCUGAAGAUGGGAUACGAGUGUGUGUGUCCGGCCGGAUUCCACCUGAUCAACCGCACACACUGUGAAGACGUGGACGAGUGUGCAGACGCAGACAGAUGCACUCAGAUCUGCAUAAACCUGCCGGGCAGCUUCAGGUGUGACUGUAAAGACGGGUUUGAGCUGGAUCACAUGACCAAAGACUGCAAAGCGGUAACAGGGUCCGGUGCGUUCCUGCUCUUCAGCACGCGGAACGAGGUCAGGAAGAUGGCGCUGGGCAGCCGGACGUACACGGCGCUGAUCGGCCAGCAGAAGAACGUGGUGGCGCUGGACGUGGAUGUUCACAACGACAGGAUCUUCUGGUCUGACCUGAGCCUGCAGAAGAUCUACAGCGCCGCGGCCGCUGACCCCGCCCACCCCAGCACUGUGAUUGACAGCGGGAUCUCCCGCCCCGAGGGUCUGGCUGUGGACUGGAUCCACGGAAACAUCUACUGGACGGACAGCAAGCUACAAACCAUCUCCGUGGCGACGGCAGACGGCAGCAAACGCAAGACGCUCAUCAGCGAGGGCCUGCAGAAGCCGCGCGCGAUCGUCGUCGACCCGCAGAACAAUUUCAUGUUCUGGACAGACUGGGGCGAGCCGGCGCGGAUCGAGAAGAGUGGGCUGAACGGCGCGGACCGGACGGCUCUCGUCACGCAGGACAUCGCCUGGCCCAACGGCAUCACGCUCGAUGUGCUGAGCGGCCGGCUGUACUGGGUCGACUCGAAGCUGCACACGCUGUCCAGCAUCGGCGUGAACGGAGACGGGCGGCACACGCUGAUCCAGGACGAGCAGAAGCUGGGGCACCCGCUGGCGCUGGCCGUGUUCGAGGAGAAGGUCUUCUGGGCCGACACGCACAGUAACAGCAUCUGGAGCGCCAGCCGCGUGACUGGACGAGACUUCACCGCUCUGGCCGAACAUCUGCAUGGUCUUGAAGACAUCGUGCUUUAUCACAGUCUCACACAGCCUUCCGGAAGGGACUGGUGCAGAGAAGGCGCCGGCUGUGAGUUCCUGUGUCUGCCGGCGCCGCAGAUUAACACGCAUUCGCCCAAAUACACCUGCGCCUGCCCUGAUCACAUGACCCUGGCCGCAGACACCAGGACGUGUGUGUCAGGUGUGAACAGCACGGUGCCGAGCAGAACCGCACCCAGACGCUCCGGAUCGAAGCCUGACCACCACACCACACAGACGGGCUCUCGGAGCGGAAUUAAUGAAGAACACGAGCCGGUUUCCAGCCCUUCCCAGCAUCCCACAGUCCUGUACAUCACCCUUCCGAUCGUCGCCGUGUGUCUGCUGGUGGUCGGCAGCAUGUUGCUAUGGAGACACUGGCGGCAGAAGAACACCAACACCAUCCACUUCACCAACCCAGUGUACCAGAAGAAGACCGACGACACGGUGCACAUCUUCAGGAGCCCCAGUCUGGACGGAUACUCGCAUCCCUCGUGUCAGAUGAUCAGUGUGGAUGAAGACGCAGCCUGACGCUCCUCCAGACGUUCCUCCAGAAGCUCAAGGUCACUUUAAAUGCUGCUCAGCGAGCUGAAGGAAACGCUCGUCCUCAUGUGCGAGACGAUCCCAGGAUCAGCCCUGGAUUUAAUCAUGCCUGUAUCAUAUAAGGAAUGUAGAAACACACACACACACACACACACACACACACACUCCUGUCUAACGGACGUCAUCACAGUGAAGAGCAGAAGAUCUCAAGCAGAGACUCUUCAGGAGUCUGUGGCUUUGCUACAAACACAGCGCUGCUUUCAUUUGUGAUUCGUGAGCUUUUAAGAUCCUCUUAUUGAAGGUAUUACCACUUUGUAAUAUUUAAAAUGAUCUUUGUAAAUGUUUGUGAUUAUGUGGAGGGCAGACAGGUGUCUCUCUUCUUGCACUAUGUUUGUUGAGGGUCACAGAUUUUAUUUAUAUUUCUCCUUCUCAGACACACUUGAACAAUCUGUUUGACUUUGUUUUGAUGAAGUGCUUGUAUUUAUGAAUGAUAGCGCAUUAGUUCUGUUUCAUUCUGCGGUUCGUGUGAAGUUCACUUCUGUAGACUGAAUUCUGGGCCUUAAAUCUGAUCGUGCCUGUGUAAUGUGUGAAUAUUCCACGAUGCCUUCGACACGCGAGCGUGAAUCCGUGCUCAGGGUCACGCGUCUGCACUGAGGUUCAGCUGACCUCUGACCUCACCCGUCCGUUAGAGUGGCGUGUUUACGUUCUGUUGUUGUGCACGCUUCGUUCAUUACGAGGCUAGUGCAGAUGUUAUCUGAAGGAUCGAGUGUUUUCACUGUAAUCAGACGAAUGAAGAAUACUUGCCUUUAUCACACCGUCUAAACCCAAGACUUUGUACGAAGAGCGCUCUUAUUUAUUGUGUAAAUGUAUGAUUUUGGGUUUCUUGCUUUUAUCUUUUAAAUGUGUUGUUUAUCAGAUGCUAUAUAGAAACGUCGUCCAGAAAUCGAUGUGCACUACAGAGGAAAUGAACCUGCGUCAUUCAGGGACUUUUAUACGUUUAUGAAGGAUGAAACACAAAUGUGGUGUAAGUGAAGUCUUUGUUGAUGCUUCAUUUGAGGUCAGUUUUACUUUAGUGAAGAUGGGAUGAACCCGCUGGGGUUUUAAUUCUUUAUCUCAGGACUGAUGGUCAGUCUGAAUGAAAUGACUCCCAAAGAAACAACUCAACUGUUUUUGACAUUGUUUUUAAAUAAAUGCACAUUUUGAAACCAG